AUGAGGCGACGCGGCCUUAACCUCGAGGUCGAGGCAUCAGAGGCGAUAGAAGCGACUAGGGAGGAGGCGGAGCAGGAGGUCUCUAGGAAAUUGCCCAAACUUUUCACUUUUGAUUUCCCUUCGCCUUUCACUUUUGAUUUCCCUUCGCCUUUCACUUUUGAUUUCCCUUCGCCCUUCACUUUUGAUUUCCCUUUGCCCUUCACUUUUGAUUUCCCUUUGCCCUUCACUUUUGAUUUCCCUUUGCCCUUCACUUUUGAUUUCCCUUUGCCCUUCACUUUUGAUUUCCCUUUGCCCUUCACUUUUGAUUUCCCUUUGCCCUUCACUUUUGAUUUCCCUUUGCCCUUCACUUUUGAUUUCCCUUUGCCCUUCACUUUUGAUUUCCCUUUGCCCUUCACUUUUGAUUUCCCUUUGCCCUUCACUUUUGAUUUCCCUUUGCCUUUCCCUUCGCCUUUCACUUUUGAUUUCCCUUCGCCUUUCCCUUUGCCUUUCCCUUUGCCUUUCCCUUUGCCUUUCCCUUUGCCUUUCCCUUUGCCUUUCCCUUUGCCUUUCCCUUUGCCUUUCCCUUUGCCUUUCCCUUUGCCUUUCCCUUUGCCUUUCCCUUUGCCUUUCCCUUUGCCUUUCCCUUUGCCUUUCCCUUUGCCUUUCCCUUUGCCUUUCCCUUUGCCUUUCCCUUUGCCUUUCCCUUUGCCUUUCCCUUUGCCUUUCCCUUUGCCUUUCCCUUUGCCUUUCCCUUUGCCUUUCCCUUUGCCUUUCCCUUUGCCUUUCCCUUUCCCUUUCCCUUUGCCUUUGUUACCUUUCCCUUUGCCUUUGCCUUUCCCUUUGUUCCCUCUCCCUCUCCCUUUCCCUCUCCCUCUCCCUUUCCCUCUCCCUCUCCCUAUCUCUAUCCUCUCUUCCCUCUCCGUCUCCCUAUCUCUAUCCUCUCUUCCCUCUCCGUCUCCCUAUCUCUAUCCUCUCUUCCCUCUCCGUCUCCCUAUCUCUAUCCUCUCUUCCCUCUCCGUAUCCCUAUCUCUAUCCUCUCUUCCCUCUCCCUCUCCCUACCUCUAUCCUCUCUUCCCUCUCCCUCUCCCUAUCUCUAUCCUCUCUUCCCUCUCCGUCUCCCUCUCCCUCUCCCUCUCCCUAUCUCUAUCCUCUCCUCCCUCUCCCUCUCCCUCUCCCUCUCCCUCUCCCUCUCCCUCUCCCUAUCUCUAUCAUCUCUUCCCCCCCCCUUCCCCAUUCUAUCCCUAA